UCAUGAACAUCCAUGCAACCUCAGAAACAGGUAAUUCAGCUUAUAAAGAUUCUAUAGACAACACUUCUAUACGGCUACUCCGGUUCUCGCAGCCCGAAAAUGGUCUUUUCGUCGGCAAACUACAAACAUGGAAACUCGCCAGCGCUCCACAUUUCUAUACCGCCAGUUACGUAUGGGGUGUGCACGGAUAUUCCGGGACAACCAUUCGUCUAAAGUCAGGAGGUACUUUGCCCGUGCUGAGCAGUCUUGUGCCGUUCAUGCAUAUGGUUACGCAGCAUGACGACUUUCAGGAUAGUGAUUGGUGGUGGAUAGACAGUCUCACGAUAAAUCUUGCAGAUCAGCAUGAGCGCGAGCAACAGGUCCGCAUCAUGGCAGAUAUCUAUAGACGAUCGAGAAGAGCUAUCAUAUGGUUGGGGGAGGAACAAGAGGACGGUAGCGAUUGUACGGGCGCUAUCGAAUUCCUCCACCACCUCAGUAGCCUUCAAGUCGGUUUUAGUGGCGACGAUCGCGCAAUGCGCGAGCACCUAUCAAACUCGGAGUUCUCUGCCAACUGUCUAGCGGUUACCUCUCUCCUUUCUAGACCUUGGUGGACUCGGGUAUGGACGCUUCAAGAGUUUGUCCUCCCGAAAGAAUCAAAACUGUACUGUGGAGCCAAGUCGGUCAGUCGUGGUAAAUUCAAGAGUGCAAUAUACAGCAUCUUCUUAUGCAGUACGAUUAGCAACGACUUCGAACACGAACUGGUCCCGCGCAGAAUCUUCGACGGUGCUUACAAUCGAAGGAGAAUACAUCAAUGGCAUACCAGACCCAAAUCGCAAGGCAUCGGUUUGGUCGCUAUCAUGGCAUACCUAGGCAACUACUCUGCCACUGACAGUAGAGAUCGCAUAUACUCUGUUCUGGGCUUGAUCACCUCCCGAGACCGCGCACUCAUAGGGGCACCGGAUUAUACUUCUAGUGCCGAGUUUCAGUUUGCAAGACUCGUGCGUUCGUUCUGGGAUGAGUACGGUUACCUUGACAUCAUCUGCUUCGUACACCUCUUCAGUCGAUACUCAGGUCCGGUUGACCCAGGUCCGGAGCAUGCUGUUCCGUGGUGGGCGCCAGACUGGCGAAGUAUGAAUGACUUUGCAUCGCCUGUGCCACUGAUGGCUAGCCAGAGUGCGAGCUCCCACAUCGGGAACUUUAGACCCUUGAAAUCUGCACGCUGGAAAGUACAUUACGACGCUCCCGGAUCAAAGCUGAGGAGGAAAGCAAAUGUCCAUUUUUCCGACAGUCUGCAAGAGAUGUGGUGCGAUGGCGUCAUAUUGGACACCGUGCAUGGCCUUGGAGGAUUGGAUGCACGCGAGCUGCGGUGCCAGAGUUUCAUCUGCGCAGCUUCUGGCCAUGAAAUGUUGCAAUCUGGUGAAGACCAACACACGGCACCAAGAGCGACCAUGCUCCCCAUGGACUGGCUAGAAGCAAUCGCUCGUUCUCUCGUCCUCGACCGCCAGGACAAAUAUCUUGGCUUCCAAGCCCCUCGUCAUUACGUUUCCGAUUUUCUCUUUUUUUGCGACGCUUGCAUCAAUGGCGAACCGAUUGAUUGGAGUUUCUCAACUUGGUUCGAAUACAAUAGGAAGCUACGGUUUGGCCAUCAGACUUUAGAAGACCUAGUCGCGAGCACUCACACAGCGGUCCUGUCCUCGCCGCCGCAGCUACACCGUCCACCUUCUCACCCGAUGCAUCAAUUGAGUAACUCCGAUGUCGAAAAAGUCGACACAUUUCUAUCACGAUUUCAUGAUACGGUACGUAAGAAACCGCGGAGACUGAUGGUCACUAACGAGGGUAUUGUCGGCAUGGCCCCUUGUCGCUCGCGAGAGGGCGAUGCUGUUUGCAUCCUGUUCGGGUGUAGUAUUCCGCUUGUUUUGAGACAGGUGGGGACGCCAGAGGCAUGGCAGGUCAUCGGCGAAGGGUACGUGCAUGGACACAUGAAUGGAGAGGUUGCAAUGUUACUGAAAAAGGAGAAGAAGAGCACCUAUCGAUUUCGCUUGAUUUAACUGUAGAUGUGGUAAUGGUAUGUUAGCUAGCUCAGCGAUGGGACGCGUUCAAGAAUUCGUGUCAGCUAGAUGCGAGUCACCUUUAGUGAUCACCGGUGGAGAUAUCGCCUGAGUACACUGGC